AGCAUGAGAGAGAAAGAAACAAAUACCAUGAGAAUGAUAACAUUUGUGAGAGAAGCAUGAGACAGAAAGACACAAAGAAACGUCCAUCUCCUUCCCCCUUUUUCAUCACUUAUCAUAUUCUACUCCGUAUUUCAUUCAUUUUUCAACCUCUUUCUCCUUCAUCACAGCCCACCUGUUUUCUCCAACCACCAUCAAUGGCAGCUCGUUGUUUCUACUUCUCCUUUUGCGGCUGGUCUAGUCUCAAAUCCAACGAUACCCACCCAUCUGAUCUGGAGAACGAAAGUGAUAAUUUAAAGGUGCCGGUUUUUAAAGAGUAUAAGCUGGAUCAACUUAGAGCUGCAACCGGUGGGUUUUCUGUGGAGAAUAUUGUGUCUGAGCAUGGUGAAAAAGCGCCUAAUGUUGUGUAUAAAGGAAAACUUGAUGAUGAUGAUGAUGAUGAUGAUGGUGAUCGGUUGAUCGCCGUUAAGCGGUUUAACAAGUCUGCUUGGCCGGACACUCGCCAGUUCUUGGAGGAAGCGAAAGCGGUCGGACAACUUAGGAGUCAAACAUUAGCCAAUUUGUUGGGAUGUUGCUGUGAAGGAAAUGAAAGAUUGCUAGUGGCAGAGUUCAUGCCUCGCGAAACUUUGUCGAAACAUCUAUUUCACUGGGAAAGUCAACCCUUGAAAUGGGCAAUGCGUUUACGAGUGGCUUUGUAUUUGGCACAAGCAUUAGACUACUGCAGCAGCAAAGGGCGGUCUCUGUACCACGACCUUAAUGCUUACAGAGUCUUGUUUGAUCAGGAUUGCAAUCCAAAGCUAUCGUGCUUUGGCCUAAUGAAGAAUAGCCGAGAUGGAAAAAGCUAUAGCACGAACCUAGCUUUUACCCCUCCGGAAUAUAUGAGAACAGGUAGAGUGAUAGCAGAAAGUGUAAUAUAUAGCUUCGGCACCAUACUACUCGAUCUUCUAAGUGGAAAGCAUAUUCCCCCGAGCCACGCACUUGAUUUGAUAAAAGGGAAGAAUUUUCAAUUGCUAACAGAUUCAUGCUUAGAGGCUCAAUUUUCUAACGACGACGGAACAGAAUUGGUUAGAAUUGCAUCACGAUGUUUGCAAUAUGAACCUCGAGAGAGGCCCAACGCCAAAUCUGUCGUGACCGCACUUACUCCUCUUCAGAAACAAACAGAUAAUUCGUCCCUUGUCUUGAUGGGCAUUAGUAAGGAAUCUACACCAGCAACACAAAUAUUAAACCUGUCACCACUUGGUGACGCAUGCUCAAGAUUGGAUUUAACGGCUAUACAUGAGAUACUGGAAAAGAUUGGAUAUAGUGGCGACGAGGGGGUUACAGAUGAGCUCUCGUUCCAAAUGUGGACCAGUCAACUACAAGAUACGUUAAAUGGUAAGAGGCACGGGGACAAUGCUUUUCGAGCCAAGGAUUUCACCACUGCUAUAGAAUGCUACACAAAUUUCAUUGAGAGUGGAACAAUGGUGUCACCGACGAUGUAUGUAAGACGUUGUUUGAGUUAUUUGAUUAUAAACAAGGCACAAGAAGCAUUAGGGGAUGCAAUGCAAGCGCAAGUGAUACACCCUGACUGGUCGAUUGGUCUUUAUCUUCAAGCGGCUGCUUUAUUUAGCCUAGGGAUGGACAACGAUGCCCGUGAAACUCUUAAAGAUGCGGUUUUGUUGGAUUCUGAGACUGAAGAAACUAAACAUGUGUAGAUUUUGUGUUUGUUUUUAUGUUCCUAGGAAAUGUGCAUUCUUUCUUCAAUGAGAGACAACUUACCAUUGUAAUGAAUUUGAGUGUCUGCAAUGUUUGUUCAUCAAAUUAAAUGAGUUGAACUACCUUAA